GCCUGUAAAUGAAAGUGAAAGCGAUUUAAACCUGGAGUCGCCAUUUUGUCAAGAAGCACGAGUAUGAUUCUGGAAAAAUAAAAAGAUAUUUUUAUUGCCAGAGGCCCCAGCAGGAAUCAACUGGUCUGGAUUUGCACAAAAAUGGAGAAGGAGAGAGGAAAAAGAAGAGCUGCUUCUGAAAUGCGCCCCCUUGUGGGGUGUAACAGAAAGAGCCCUGAGAGUGUCCUGAUGGAGAGAGCAGACUCCCCUGUACCCAGCUGUGUUUCCAUGAAGAGUGACUGGUCAAUGGAUCGACCAAUCGCCUUCAGAGAGGGACCUUUACCUACAGAUCAAAGAGACCAAAUGGAAGAAUGCAGUUCAAAUCUACAUGAUAAAUCAGGUUUAUCAUCUAUAUUGAAGUCACUAGAGGAAAAAGCCAUGAAGUUCCUAAAAGAGGAACUGAAGACGUUUGUGAGGUACCUAGAUCAGAAUUACCCAGAAUGCUCUGAGCCUCAGCUGGAGGAGGACAAUGACCUGGACAGUGAUGGUCAGAUGCAGAAGACCUGUGGUAGAGAGGGAGCUCUGAAGAUCACACUGUACAUCCUGAGGACCAUGAAGCAAGAUGAUCUUGCUGACAUGCUGGAGAAUAGACAGCUCAUGCUGCAACAGGAAAUCAAAGAUAAACUUAAGAAGCAAUUUGAGUGUGUAUUUGAAGGGAAAGCUAAGGAAGGACAGCCAACACUUCUCAGUGAGAUUUACACAGAACUCUACAUAACUGAAGGUGGGACUGGAGCAGUGAAUGAUGAACAUGAAGUGAGACAGAUUGAAACAGCAUCCAAGAAAAGUCGAACAGAAGAUACUACAGUCAAGUGCAAUGAUAUAUUUAAACCCUUAUGUGGGCGUGUGACACCUAUCAGAACUGUACUCACUAAAGGGGUGGCAGGUAUCGGGAAAACAGUCUCUGUGCAGAAAUUUAUUCUCGACUGGGCAGAAGGAAAAGCAAACCAGGAUGUUCACUUCAUAUUUGCUCUUCCUUUCCGGGACCUGAAUUUGAUUAAGGGUAAAUACAGUCUGAUUGAACUGCUUCAACACUUUGUCCCAGAACUGAAAUCACUUCAGUCCACUGAGCUGUUUAGGUACAAAGUCUUGUUCAUCUUUGAUGGUCUGGAUGAGUGUCGCCUUCCUCUCGAUUUUCAUAACAAUGAGAGCUGGUUUGAUGUAACAAAGAAAACGUCACUGGAUGUGCUGUUGACUAACCUCAUUAAGGGGAAUCUGCUCCCAUCCGCUCUCCUCUGGAUAACCUCCCGGCCAGCAGCAGCCAAUCAGAUACCUGCUAAGUGUGUCCAGCAGGUGACAGAGAUACGAGGGUUCAGUGAUGUCCAGAAGGAGGAGUAUUUCAAGAAGAGAUUUAAUGAUCAGAGCCUGGCCAGCAGGAUUAUCACACAUGUGAAAUCAUCAAGGAGCCUCUUCAUCAUGUGCCACAUACCUGUGUUCUGCUGGAUUUCAGCCACUGUGCUUAAGAGGAUUUUUAGUGAGACUGACAGGGGAGAAAUUCCAAAGACUCUGACUGAAAUGUACACACACUUCCUGAUCUUUCAGACAAGUUUAAAAAAUGACAAGUAUAUGAAAAACCAUGAAACUAAGCUUAAGGAAUGCAGCAAGCAAUUCCUUUUAAAACUUGGUAAACUGGCUUUUGACAACCUUGAGAAAGGCAAUCUCAUAUUUUAUGAGCAAGAUCUGUUAGAGAAUGGCAUUGAUGUCACUGAAACUUCAGUUUACUCUGGAGUGUGCACAGAAGUCUUUAAAGAGGAGUAUGGGUUGUACCAGGAGAAGGUGUACUGCUUUGUGCAUCUGAGCAUCCAGGAGUAUCUCGCUGCUUUAUAUGUGUUUCUGUCAAACUCAUCAGCUGACCUGCUGAAGACUGCAGUGAAUCAGGCAUUAGAGAGCAAGAAUGGACACUUGGACCUCUACCUCCGCUUCCUCCUGGGCCUCUCAACAGACUCCAGUAAGACUCUGUUACAAAGACUACUGGGGCCGACAAGAAUCAGCUCACAUACCAUUAAGGAAACAGCCCAAUACAUCAAGGAGAAAAUAAAGGAGAAUUUAUCUCCAGAAAGGACCAUCAACCUGUUCCACUGUUUGACUGAGCUGGGUGAAAAUUCUCUAAUAGAGGAAGUCCAAAGAUACCUGAAUUCAGGAAUCAUUUCAGCAGAUGACCUCUCACCUGCACAGUACUCAGCUCUGGCCUUUGUGAUGCUGAUGUCAGAUGAGGAGCUGGAUGUGUUUGAUCUGAAGAAAUACAUCAGAUCAGAUAAAGAGCAAUGGAGGCUGCUGCCUGUGGUCAAGAACUCCAGGACGGCUCUGCUGAACAGCUGUGAUCUCAUAGAUAAACACUGUGAAGUGCUGACUUCAGCUCUAAGAUCAAACUCCUCCCCCCUGAGAGAGCUGGACCUGAGUGACAAUGACCUGAAGGAUUCAGGAGUGAAGCUGCUCUCUGCUGCACUGGGGGAUUUACACUGUAAACUGGAGAUAUUGAGGCUGUCAGGCUGUAGAGUCACAGAAGAAGGCUGUUCUUCCCUGGCUUCAGCUCUGAGGUCAAACCCCUCACACCUGAGAGAGCUGGAUCUGAGCUACAAUCACCCAGGAGAUUCAGGAGUGAAGCUGCUCUCUGCUGUACUGGAGGAUCCCAGCUGUAAACUGGAGAAGCUGAAUGUGGAUCAUGGUGCAGAGUGCAUGACUAGACCAGGCCUACAGAAAUACUCCUGCCAGUUGACGCUGGACCCCAACACAGCAAACAGACUCCUGUCUCUGUCAGGGGGGAACAGGAAGGUGACACGGGGGGCGGAGCAGCCAUAUCCUGAUCAUCCAGAGAGAUUUGACAGCUGCCCCCAAGUUCUUUGCAGAGAGAGUCUGACUGGCCGCUGUUACUGGGAGGCUGAGUGGGAUGGACGUGUAGCCCUGAUAGGAGUGACUUAUAAAGGGAUCAGGAGGAAAGGAGGGAGUUAUGACUGUCGGCUUGGAUACAAUGACAAGUCAUGGAUUCUGUACUGUAAUACUGACAGAUACUUUGUCCGGCACAAUAAUAAACAGACUCUCAUACCCAUACGGCCCUCAGGCUCCCGCAGAGUAGGAGUGUAUCUGGACUGGGGGGCUGGUGCUCUGUCCUUCUACAGAGUCUCCUCUGAUGGACUGACCCCCCUGCACAGAUUCACCUCCUCAUUCACUGAGUCCCUCUAUCCAGGGUUUUAUGUUGAUAUAAACUCCUCAGUGUCACUGUGAUGUGUUGCUGGUUCUUCUGGCAAAAAGGUAAAAUCUCUGCUUUUUAAUCUUUAUAAUCCUUUUUACUCUGAAAUGUAUGUUUGACAAAAAUAAAUUCCUGUGUUCAGGGAGCUGAAUUAACAAGAAAAAUAUGGUUUUACACUUUUUUUUCUCUGACUAAAGUAUAACUGAAUGUGAUCCUGAUUGGGGGGGGGGGCUUUCCCCCUCCCUUGUAUAUGUACAUUUUAUAUAUUUGUCCAUUUACUGUAUUUCCUCCCUGUACAGUGACAAUAAAGGCUUUCUGUUCUGUCCUA